AUGCAAAAGCGCGACAGCGGAGCCGGCGGCGUCGGCGUCAGGCAAGCCUGUGGCAGCCUCUGUCCCAACAGGGUGCAAGAUUUGGCCGGCAGGCUGGGCAAAAAGACGUGCAAAGUAGACAGAAAGGCGCCACGGAAGAUCCUGCAUCCCAGAAGCUGCCCUAUAAUUAUCCAUAACGACCCAUCUCCGGACUCAAUAGAGGCUGCCUUUGCUACCAUCGAUUGGCAAGAUUUAGCGGACUGCACCUCAGCCUUUCAGCGGGAAGCUUCUACAGACGCCGCUCUCCAUCAGUCCAAUUUCAGCCGUCUUUUCUUUUCCUUUGGCAGCAUGUUAGUGCCAGUUUGUUCCCUUCACUGCCUGGGGUGGCCAGUGGAUUUGCAGAGCCCUUCCUUGCAACCUGAGGAUGACUUUGAUUUCCAGGAGUUUCGAGAUGCCGUGGACAACUUCUUAUCUGAUCCUUCCCCUCUGAUGGCUCCACUGUUGGAUUUUCCUUUCCCUGUGGAUAAUGGAAGCCCCCCCAGUCCCUGCCUCCAGAAACCUCUUCAAAUCGAUCCAAACCUAGAGAGUGUCUCAUCCACUGAGCAGUACUGGAAAGAAUUGGCAGAUCAAAAUCAAAAGGCGCUGGGGGAUGCACUUGUGGAAAAUAAUCAGCUACAGGAGACAUUGACCCAAAAGCAAGAAGAAAUUGCUUCUCUGAAGGAGAGAAAUGUCCAGCUGAAAGAAUUAGCCAGCCAAGCCAAACAACUUGCUUCUGUGCUAGAUAAAUUAAUGCUCCCUCAGAGCAAAGGCAGUGCUGACCUUUCCCUCAGCUGUGGCCCUGGCAAGAGGAGCCUUGAGCAGAUGUCAGUUCCUGAGCAUGAGGAGGACAUGGAAGUGAAUGAAAUCUUAAGGGAAAUAUCGGAGAAAUGCAAUGCAGCCCUGCAAUCCAUUGAUGAUGACAGAGGCCCAAAGCGUCCUCGUGGAGAGAAUGAAGCCAUCCACAUGUAUGGAGCUUUCCAUGGGCUCCAGACAUGCAGCACUCAUAGUUCCCUGGACUUAAGCGGCAGUGAAUUUGAGGAAGGUGUGUCCUUCAAGACAUCCAUCAAAGAGCACUGUAACAUUAGGACACUCGCCUAUCCACAAGGCAAUGCUUUUACUGUUAGGACAGCCACUGGGGGCUACAAGUUUAGAUGGGUCCCCAGCUGAUUGAAGAGGGAAGCAAUCAGCUAACUACACUUGCCAAAAUCCUACUCAUGCUC